UUUAAAAUUCACAUGGUCGUGUUUACAUCUGCUAAAAAUUCAUAAAAUACGAAAAUUUAAUAAGAUUUUCACUUAGAUUUUUGUAAAAAUUUAAUUUUUUCACAAGACAUUAAACGAUGUCAACCUCGUUAGCGGAACAACUCCGACGUCUCCAAACGCCUCAAACAGCUGCCCUUCAUGAUCGGAAGCGUUUCCCGUCACUUCUCUUCGACCCAAAGGAGGCUGCGGAAAAAGAUCGUGAGACAAUCUACGAAAUUGGAGUCAGCGGGCUCGAGGAACUCAUUCAAAUCGAUCCACGUUUCCUAAUUUUCCGCGAAUCUCUCUUCGAUAAGGGCAGUUUGCACCUCCAACGUGCCGUCGAGGACAAAGAAGUCAACAAACAACUCGAUGCGACGAUUAAAUCCUUCAUGUUUAGCGUUUCGCCGUAUUUUAUGCUCCAACCUGCGCACAAAUGCCUCGAAUGGCUCAUCCGUCGUUUCAGAAUCCAAGAUUACAACAAAGACGAGUUCAUGUCCUUGAUUUUGCCGUAUCACGAGACACGAGUUGCAGUUCGUUGCAUCCAAACGAUGUCCCUGAAGAACCCGAACGACAAAUGGCAUUGGUUGUUAAACGUGAAAAAAUCGGGCGAACCGCUUUCUAAACAAACAAUCAUCAAUCACGCGAUCAGUUCUCCGGCUUUUUUGGAGUUUAUUGGGAAUUACACGUACGAAGCCACGAAAGAAUUGACGACGAAAGCUCAUAAUUUGCAAGUUAUGUUCAAUUUUUAUUGCACAACAGUCAUUGCGACAAUCGACACUUCGGUAAAAAUCAAGGAAGCUCAUGUUCAUGCCGUGAUGCGCCCAAUAACGCGAGGCUUUGAAUCAGCAAUUUUGGAUUUCGCCGCAUCUUCUUUCAUGAUUUUCUCUCAUAUGUUGACGAAAAUGUCCUUGGCGAAGACAAUGACCGAACGUUUCGCGAUUAUGGGUUUGGCAGCUGCCGACAAACACAAUUUAAGUGAAGAAGCACUUGCGAUGAUCAUCAUUAGCUUCCAACGGCAAUCACGUUUCACGGAAGUAACUGACGAUAUGUUGGAUAAAUUCCUCAAUUGCAAGUGGCUUUGUGCCGUUUUAGAUCAAAUUUAUCAGAAAAAUUUGGAUAUUUUGGCUUUAAUUGUCCCGUUGCUGGCUGCUUGUUUCAAACAAAUUCAAGAUCAGAGCAAAUUAGCGCCGCGAUGCAAGAGUUUGUGCGAAAUGUUGUUGGAAAGAAUUCAUUACAGUCCCAAAGAUGCGGAAACUUUGAUCAAAAGUGUGCUUGAAAGUUAUGUGAUGAAGAAUAAAAAGCCGCAAGAUAUGGAUGGAAUGACAAUUGAACUGGAUUCGGAUGAGGAAAUGGAAGAUACGACGGAAAAAUCUGUCACGGAAUGGUACAGCGGGUAUUUGAAAAGGUUUGAAACGGGAUAUCCAGAGUCUUUUGAUAAAAUUGUCAAUGAAAUUGUGAGUAGUAAGAAGUCGAAGAAGAAGCAACAUGCGUUGAAAAAUAUUUUGGAUUUCUUCUUCAAAGUUUACUGCUCUCAAGAUGACGGAAAUAUGUUCGAAUACUUGUACGACUACAACAGCGAACGUCGAGCACAAUCCGUUAAAUAUGUCGUAGCCAAUUUCGAGAAAUUAAACUCAACUUCAGGCGGUGCAAAUUUACUAAAAACUGCUCUUUCCGAGAGAUUCGUAGACGAUGAACCCUCAGUCCUAUUCGAACUCUUCAAAAUGCCCGCAGAAAAUCUCCUGAAACUCUUUUCAGUCACAGAAUUAUUGAGUUUUUGCGGCAAAGUCUUGUCAAAAUGCAUCGAAAUGCCUCUCAUGUGGAAACAAGUAGCGCCGCAUGCUCUUUCUUUGAUCAUCCAAAAAGAAAUAUUUUUGGGAAAUGAAUAUCUCGUCAUGUUAUUGAUUUUUCCCUUCAUGACACCAACGAUCGACGAAACAAAAUUCAAAAUUGAAGCUCGAAAGUAUUCCGUGGAUUUGGGAGAAAAAGGCGGCAAUGUCUCGAAAAAGUUGACAAAAGUCGUGCAAGCAAUUAUCGACAAUGGGGAACAUUUUCCGGGAGAUCUCGAACAAACUUUACCAAUUUUCGAGGAAUUUGACGUCAAAUCCGAAGUUUAUGCCCUACACAAAGCUGUUUAUUUGUUGAACGGAUUGGAAAGUAACACAGAACCCGAACAAGGCAUGAAAUUGUUGGAAAAUUGCAAAAAAUGCGCUGCUUUAAUCGACACAAAGGACAAAAGACAAUCUCUUUUGUUGACUGCCGUUGAUUUAAUUUCAAAAAAUGUGCAUUUCGACAAGGAAGAUGAUGAUUUGUCAGCUCCUGGCACGAGUUUGACCCUGAAAUUGUCACUUUUUAAUCUCUUAAUUGGCAAAUUCGUCGUAGCUGAGAAGGAAAAAGAGAAAGAAGCAUUAAAUUCAGCUCUUAAACGUUUCGUUGGAGUUUUUUGCAAGACCAUCGAAGAAAAAUUAGAGUUUUUCUCCUUGUAUUUCACCGCAGAUUGUGUUCUUCAUGAAGCAAAAGACGGAGAAAAACGUUUAAUUAACCCUCAAUAUCAGUUUUAUGUCAUGAAAAUGACUUCUUCUGCGCUAAAAAGUCAAGUUAAAGUCACGGACAAGACUUUUAUCCGUUAUUUAAUGGCUCUCGCGAGUUCUGUGGCUCAAUUAAGACAAGCUGCGUUCGAUGUACUUUUGAAUUUAGUCAAUUCGGAGACUCGUUGGAACAUUUUGAUCGAAAAAUUGUUAGAACGCAAGGAAGAACUCGUCAUCGACAGUGAACAAUUACCUCUAAUUUUGUAUUCGAUCUUCGGAAGUGGUUCAAACGUCAAAAAAGCAUCCGAUAAAAAAGCUUUAAACUCAUGUUUCGAAGUUAUUUUGGAUUUUAUUGCCAACCAAAACGUCUCAAACUACGAAAAAGCGAGAAUUCUCGCAAUUUUGAAGCACAUCCCCGAUUCUGUGAUUUUUGAGAAAUCAUCUGUGGUUGGAAAUGACAUUUUAGCAUCAAGCCAACAACUGAUCGGGAAGUACGAGUCACUUAUUUUGAAGGAAAUUGUCUUUCGCGUCGAUAAAGACACCGUUAAAGCUGCUUCAAAGCAUCCUCAUGUCUGGAAUUUCAUCUUGAGUGCCUUGAAAAGUGACGCAUUGCUUCAACUUUUCGAUCAUCGUUCAGUUUCUGUGGCCCAAAAGACUCUCGAAGCGUUUAACAGUGACAUUUACAAGGCAAUGGGCGAGAAAUAUCGUCAAGAAUGGUUCCAAACUGUCGUUGAAACGUCUACUUUUGCGAAUAAUCUUCAAGUUCACUCCGCCGCGGGAAAAAUGUUGAAGGAAAUUACCGUAGAAUUCGCUUUAGCGCAAAAUUUGUUGGAAAAAAUGAAGACAGCAUGUCAAAACGAAGCAUCUGGCAGCGAAAAAGAACGUCGGCAGUCGUUUAAUAAAAAUUUCGUUCAAUCCGAGACUCUUCAAAAGCCUCAUUGGAAGCAAGGAAUCACUUUACUCGAGUUCAUGCAAACGAAACUUCAGGUCGACAAGCCAUUCGAACUUGUUGGCACUCUUUUUGACUUGCUUAAACGUUGUUUCGAGUUCGAGGAACAAUCGUUGGUUGAAUAUGAGAAGCAAUUAAUCCUCACAGCGAUUUUAAAUAGUUGCAAAGGACCAAUUCCUGCAAAUCAAAAGAAGAAUAUCGAUAAAUUAAUCAAAAUUGACUUGAUUAUUGAGUGUGUUCGAGGCACACAGAACCCCCAAACCCAUCAUGACGCCUUAAUUUUACUUUCUCACGUCGCUUCGAUGAUCCCGGAACAAGUUUUGCAGAACAUCGUGUCACUUUUCACGUUCAUUGGCGCUACUACAGCACGUCACGACGACACUUACAGCUUCCAGAUCAUGUCAAAAGUGUUAGAGAACGUUAUCCCGAUCGUCGUGAAGCAACAACGAGGCGACGACAAAGUCAUUUCCGUGCUAAAAAUAUUUUCCGACAUCAUUUUGGACGUCGCCAUGCAUCGUCGCUUAAUUGUUUACACGAAACUUCUUCAAACGUUGGGUCCGGAGACGUAUUUGUGGCAAUUUUUGGCUGUUUUGUUCGAAUCGCAUGUCGUUCAUUACGAAAAAGAUCCAAAAAGUUCGAAGAAAAGUACGCAUCGUCACACCAACGACGAUUCUGAGGAGCUGCAGGAACGUUUGGAGAUCGGAUUAACAAUUGCCAAGCAAUUCCCGUGCGAAAUUAUCGUCCAUACAUGCACGCAACUCAUUAAAUUCUUGUCGCAGCUGCCCAUCACGGAGGAACAAAUGAAGAUGAAACUCCCGAAAGACGUCACUUUGAUAUUUGACACAAAAAAUCACAGUUUCAAGCACGUUCGCUUCUAUAAAUACGUUACUUUGCAAUUUUUGGUUGCAGUUUUGACAUCUGCUGAAGUCACGAAGGAAGCGGAACACAUCUCCGAUCCAAUAACGCUCAAAAAUAAUUGUGCCGAGCUGAUUUCGGAAACUUUGAAAUACUUUCCCGCCAUUACGAAAGCCUCUGCCGGGCAAUUGCAUCAAAAAACUUGGAAAGUUGCGCUCAGUUUUUGCUUUGACAUCUUGGAAAGUGCGAUUUUGCUUCUCACGCCAGACUUGUUUAUCGAAACUGUGCGCGAUUUGAUCGCCAAUCACGAGUUGAUCACAGUUCGGAUGAAGAUUUCUGACAUCCUCAUCACGAAAUUGCACAACCAAAGAGACUAUUUCAACGAAUGCAAUGAAGAAAAUUUGCUUUUGCUCGUGCAACCGCUCACGGAAAUCAUCAAAAACAUCGGAAAUGACGCAGAUUUGCCGAAAAAUGCGACAAUUUCGGAGCAUUGGGCCCUUCAGCAACUCGCGCUCAAUGCAAUUAAGCUCUUAGCACGUGUUUUAGCGGAUACAUACCCGAAUGACUUCAAGGAAGUGUUGAAAAUUUGCACGGAGAAACUCUGCAAACACGAUUCUGUGUGCGAUAAAGUCCUUGGAUCGCUCGUUUUGUGCGUUUCGGAUCUCUCUGCCACACUCAAAGCUCAUGCGAUUGCUCAAUUACCGAAAAUUGUGCCAACAACUCUCAAAAUUUUGGAAAAUCAGAACGCCAGUAAGCCUGAUACGGUACUUUUGAGCAUCGUUAUUGCCAUUUCGAAGAUAAUUGAAGCUCUUUAUCAAUUCUUGUCGCCAUAUUUGACGCAACUGAUCAUCCAACUAUCUCGCGUUUACACGGAAGCUCUUUCCUCGACACAUCCCGAUGCGAAAACAACCAAUUUAAUUGGAAAAAUUAAACAUAUUUGGCAAAAUUUGGCAACUUUUGUGCCUUCACGUGUUAUAAUUCCCGCCAUUAACAACAGUUACAAGGAUAUCAUUAAACAACAAACGUUCCGCGCGAUUGGACCCAUUAUGGAUUUGACGAGUUCCUGCUUUGAUAACAUCCCGCAGCAAGAAUUUACAACGUUGCAGAACGAAUUGACGUCAUUUUUCGUGAAAGCGCUGCAAUUUAGAUGCGAUCGACGUGUCACGAGUGAAGGAGUGACGGAAAAAGACAUUGAAAUUGUCGAGAAACACGUAAUUCAGGCAUUUACGGGACUCAUUUUGAAACUUUCGGAAAGCAGUUUUCGUCCGUUGUUCUUUAAAAUUCACAAUUGGGCGUUGGUUGAAGCGGCAGCGAGUCGCGAACGAGCAAUUACCUUCUUUAAGUUGUCGCAUGCGAUUUCGGAAGCGCUCAAAGGACUUUUUAUCUUGUUUUCGAGCGACUUGAUCGAACCAAUGUCGAAAUUGCUGAAAGCUACAAACGCCUCAAAAUGUGUCGAUUUGUAUUUUGAGUCGCCAGAGAAGAAUUCGGUGCUCGUUGAAUACGUUUUACGGACAUUGAAGAGCAUUUGCACGCACGAUUCCCAAAAAUUCAUGAAUCCCCAUCGAUUUGGCGUGAUAAUGGAGCCUCUUGUUGACACAGUUGAAAAUUCUUUGAUCGCCGAAAGUGAGGAUUUGAAGCUUUUGUUGCAAGAAACAAUUGGAGCGUUAACAGUUGCUGUUGCCGAUGACACACUUUGGAAGCAACUCAAUCUUUAUUUGUUGGAAAAAAUGCGAUGUGAUGAGCCGGAACAAAAGAUAUUUACGUUGCAAAUUUGUAUCGAAGUUGCUCGUCGUCUUGGAGAAGAUUUCUUGCAGUUGUUACCUGAGACAAUUCCCUUCUUUGCUGAGCUUAUGGAGAGUGACGUGCAUGAAGUAGAACGUGCUGUGCAACGUGGUUUACAGGAAUUGGAAAAAAUUGUUGGAGAAGACUUGCAAAAGUAUUUCUAAAAAUUUACUUUUAUUUUAUGAGAAAUAUAGAAAAUAUAACAAAAAUUUAA